AAUGUCAAAUGCGUUUUUGCAUCAACGAAAGGAAACCGAGUAACUGAAACGAUCUUAAACAGAAAAGCCAUUCUUGUAAGAAUCCUACCCAUCAGGGUUUACAAGAAUGGUGGUAGGCAGUGCGGAGGCCGUUUGCAAUGAUAUCGUUUUCCUUGUUGAAGGGACUUCUGCUUGUGGAGCUUAUAUGAACGAGAUUAAAAUGAACUACAUUUGUCAAACAGUAGAGUACUUUAAUGGAGGACCUAUAAUAGAGGACAGGGAUUGCGGAUCAGAAACUUUUGCUACAUUGUACUCAUUGGUGGUGUAUCAUUCUUCUGAUUGUUUACCUGCUGAUAUGGUUGAUGUGUAUGGGCCAUUCAGAAAUCCACACAAGUUUCUACAGCUCCUUGAUAAGCUCGAUUUCUCAGGAGGUCAUGCUGAGCAUAUGGCUUCAUUAACCGAAGGAUUAGCUACCACUUUAGAAUGUUUCAAGGAUCUUGCAUUAUUACGGGACCCUGGUUUAAAGGCACAGAAGUUCUGCAUUCUGGUAUGCAAUUCAACACCCUAUAAUCUGCCAGUAAUGGAUCUGCCAAGCUUCAGAGGUCUGACCUUGGAGCAAUUGGCAGUGCUUGUGAAUGAAAAUAAUAUACAAUUGAGUAUAAUCAGCCCAAGAAGACUUCCUACAUGGAUAAAUUUAUUUGACAAAGCUGGUGGAGAUUCAAUGGCAGCCAAUUCAAAACACUAUGCAAAAGAUCUCCGCCAUUUGGUUAUGCUGAGUGGGUUUUCGCUACAGGAAUCCACCAUUAGCCAAGCACCUAUACCAAGUAUACCCAUUCCAACAGUCCCAACUAGUCCCCAAGGCCUAAGUCCAAACCAACAACAAACUCUUCGGCCAGUUGUGAAUGCUGUGGUCAGGCCAAUUCAGCCUCAAAACCAACCUCAGCAAAGACCCCCUGUACCAGUACCCUUUGGAAUUAACGUUACCGGACCCACGUCUGCUCCUAACGUCACGAUUGUUAACACAGUACCACCGAUGAUGACUACCGAUGGUGGGGUUCGUAUUCGUGGCCCUAACCCACGGUGGACAGGUCCCAACCAAGGCCAGCAAUUACCGAAUCAAGUUCUUCAACAAACACAACAAACCUUACCAACACAAAUGCAGCCUACAAAUCAAGUGCGCCAGCCGUCUCAAAUUCAGAUACCGCAAACAAUGCAGAUUCCACUGCAGCAACAACAGUUACAGCAACAACAUCAGCAGCAAGCGUCGAUGCUUCAAACCCAACCGCAACAAGUUCCUCAAGUUCUAAAUCAGAAUUCCAUGUCAAACAAUCAGAACCUUCAAAAUUCUGUACUCCAACACCAACAGCCCAUGACAAUGCCAAUGGCUACCAAUUCCAUCCAACAGACGCAGGGUCAAGUUCAACUCCAAGUGCCACAGCAGUCUCAAGCAGCAGGUCAAAUGAUAAUCAAUCCCCAACAGCAGCAAAAUGUUCGGGCGCCAUUUGUUGCCUCGCAGAGUUUGGUGAAUCAGUUGAAUCAAGUACAAGCUCCGAACGCCGGUCAAAUGGUGAACGUGAACCAGCAGAUGCUAAAUCAACAGCAACAACAACAAAUGGCUGCCAGAAAAUUAGCAAUGGAGCAGCAGCAGCUCCAACAGCAACAACAACAGCAGCAACAACAACAACAACAGCAGCAGCAACAACAGCAGCAGCAGCAACAACAGCAACAACAGCAACAACCACAGCCACAACCACAAAAUAUGAAUUUCGCGAUAAACCCAGCGAAUGCCAAUUUGGGCAUGCAGCCAAGUAUGCCCCAACAGCAACAAAUGCAGCAGCAGCCUCAGCAGGUCAAUGUUCCUGCAACCUUGACACCAGGAAUGGUUCAGCAACAAGCUACUGCUGUGGUCGGUGCAGCUCCGGCAAACCCCGCCCGCGAAAGACAAGUCAUCUGGCAAGGUGUGCUUGAAUGGCAAGAAAAAACCCGUGAUCCACAGAAACUUCCCCGACACGUCCCUUGUCAAGUAUCCGCGUCCGUCACUAACGGCGAGAGCGAAGUAAAAGCGGAACACUGGCCGCAAAAACUACUGAUGCAGCUUAUACCUAAGACGUUAAUAAGCAAUUUUGGUGGCGCGCAUUUCCGUAAUGCCCGUUCGGUAAUGUUCCAUCCCCAGGACUGCGAAGCCCUAGAAGCUCUUGCCAAAGUGAUGUCUACUGGAUAUGCUGGCUGUGUCCACUUCACGGGAAUGGUCAAUCCGAACGCCUGUGAAAUUAAAGUGCUGAUGCUGCUUUACAGCCCCGACAAGAAAGCUUACAUUGGCUUCAUCCCAAACGACCAGGCUGGCUUUGUCGAUCGUAUUCGUAAAGUUAUUCAACAGCAAAAGAGCAAACAGGUUCAGCAGCCACCAGGUCCUGGCCAAGCAGGUCCAAGUCAAAAUAUUGCUCAAACCGGACCAAAUAUUUUGGUGACACAGACCAAUCCGUUGUCGAUGGGAGGUGGUCAGAUGAGCGCAGCACCUCAACCUCAGCAGCAACAGCAGCAGAUGCAACAGCCUCAGAUGAUUGGUAAUGCUCAACAGCCGGCGAUGGCUGCCCCUGCUCCAAUGGCAAAUCCUGUCCGAGGUGCGGCACCUACUCCUGCCCAACUGGUAGCCGAGAGACACCAAAAUUUGAUGACCAUCAAGCAGUUGCAGCAGACACUUGAAGCGGCCCAACAGAAGGAUAUUCAUCUCAAGGCACUGCAGUUACAGAUGCAACAACAAUUGCAAUUGCAGCAACAACAGCAGCAAAUGGGUCAGCAACAAAUGGGCCAGCAACAACCAAUGGGACAACAACAACAAAUGGCUGGGCAACAGAUACAGCAACAGCUUCAACAGUUGCAGUCUCAACAGCAGAUGCCGGUUCAGCAAAAAUUGCAACAGCAAUUACAGCAGGCCCAGCAAAUGCAACAGCAAAGAAAUAUUCGACCUGCUGCGGCUCUACAGAACAACCCAGGAUUGCGCAAUCUUUUGCAGCAACAGCAGUAUCGUCCGCAAAUUAUGCAGCCAAACCCACAAAACCGCAUGCAACAACCUAAUAUGCAGCAGCCACAACAGCAGCAGAACAGUGGGGGAAGUCAAUUUGAUAAUCUUAGUUUGGCAGAUUUACUAUAAUGUAAAAUAUUGUAAAUUGAUGGGAUGAAAAAUAAAAUUGUUUUUGUAAUUA